AUGGCAGCUGCUGUGGCGGCAGCCGCGGAUUCGGUGCAGUGGCUCUCGGUGAAGGAAGAGACCAUCUUUCUGCAGGACGGGCCCAUCCGUGUCACCAAUCUGGCCGAGCUGCCCAACCCUGAUAACUACAUCAAAGAAUUCAAAUACAUCACUCAAUCUUAUGAUCUUACCUGGCAUGACAUUUUUAUCAUUCUUACUUCCUCUCUAACUCCAUCAGACAAAGACCGGGUCUGGGACACAGCUCAGCAGAUUGCAGAUGAGGCCCACACUAGUAACAACUCUAAUCCUAUUGCCACUCUUGGUGUUCCCCAGAAAGACCCCGACUGGGACUACCAACUUGGGCAUCAGAAUAGAGAGGCACGGAAUCGUAUGCUUGACAAUAUUCUUCAGGCUCUCCACAGGUUGGCUAAUAAGGCAGUAAAUUAUGAUAAGAUAAAGGAGAUUACCCAGCACCGGCAGGAAAAUCCUGGAGAAUUCCUUGAACCCCUUUCACAGGUGCUUCAAAAAUAUACCCCUAUUGGUCCUACUUCCCCAGCGGAUAACACAGCUGGUCUCUCAAAUGAUAACAUCAAAUGGAACCUCCACAUCCCCUACCCCCCUCAGUCUUCGGAUGCAGUAGCCCAUAUGACUUUUGAAAAGGUGUCUACAGAGACAUGCAAUGCCCCCAAAGUGUCCAAAGGAAAAAGUGUAGAAGAUAACCAGUUUCCAUCCUCUUCCUCACUGAGGCUAAUCCUGGUGAGCAAAUAUGGCUGUGGAAAAAGUGCCACUGGGAAUAGCAUCCUUUGCCAGCCUGUGUUUGCGUCCAGGCUGGGGGCCCAGACCGUGACCAGAAGCUGCCAGGUGGCCACAGGCACAUGGAAUGGCAGGAAAAUCUUGGUGGUUGAGACGCCCUCCAUCUUUGUGGCCAAGAUCCAGGACCAAGAAAUGUACAAGGAUAUCGGAGACUGCUACCUGCUCUCAGCCCCAGGGCCCCAUGUGAUGCUGCUGGUGACGCAGCUGGGACGCUUCACUGCCCAGGACACGGUGGCAGUGAGGAGGGUGAAGGAGGUCUUUGGGGAAGGAGCCAUGAGAAAUGUGCUGGUCCUCUUUACCCACAAGGAGGACUUAUGGGACACGUUCUUGGAUGAGUAUGUAGUCAACACAGACAACCACAGCCUCAUCCUGGUCCAGGAGUGUGGGAAUAGAUACUGUGGCCUCAACAACCGGGCCACCGGGAAGGAGCAGAGGGAGCAGCUGGAGGAGCUGAUGGCUGUGGUCGAGAACUUGGAGAGGGAUAACCAGGGUAACUUCUACACAAACAACCUCUUCUGCGAUGCACAGAUGUCCCAGGGAGGCAGGGACAGCACCCCAGAAGAGCACAGGUGCUACCUGGCCAAAGUUCAAGAGUACAUUGAAGAGCAAAAGUGA